AUGCUCAUCUUAGCGGAUGGCUGUCCUGUCCUCCUCGACACUUCGCCCAGAAGUUCAGCUCGGGACGCGGUGAAAUUCCUUCUUCCCACCCCACUAACGUCUGAAUACCUGUGAGUGUGGCUCGGAAUAGGGUAUGUAACUAACGGUAGACUAAAACAGAUUUGUCUUUUUACAGUAGCUGUCAGAUGUGUUUAUUUUCUGAUGUAGACCACCUAUUGACAUGUCAGUCAUUAGAGUGCACUUCAUUAUGUUGAUGGACUCAAUUAUAACAAUAUGGGGAGGAAAUCAGAGAUGAAAGUACUGGCCAAGUGGUAGAAUUAAAUGAUUGUUCCACGGUAAAUCCACUUGAGCUGGCCUGUAAGACUAAGGUGUAUGGUUCCUCAUUACUUUAUAAAUGAUCCAUGACAAAACCAUGUCCAGUAAAUGUUUUAAAUUAUUGAAUAAAUUGCAGUAUGCUACGCUGUGCUACUAUAUAUAGCUGCAUAUAAUAGGAAAUCUGGUCCACAUUAUAAAUUACUGUUUUAUUUUCUAGGUUAUUGGAAGAAAAUCUGGUCCACAUUAUAAAUUACUGUUUUCUUUUCUAGGUUAUUGGAAGAAAGGGGACCCCACAUGUAAGGCAGAGAGAGGCGGCAGCAGCAGGGUGCAAAAGUUAUGACAGACUUCUGGUUGAUAUCUGUUCCUCGGGACAGGUCCAGCUCACAGUCUCUGGAGAAACUCAAGCACUCUGUAGCCAAAACCAAUCUGGCCUCCAGCUUCAAGUUCUCCAUCCCAGAAUUGAAGGUUAGGAUUUGUGUCUCAUAGCUUCCAAGAGGCUCAAAUAGAAGAACAAGGUCACUCGGCUUGGAGCGUCUUGCCUUCAUCGACUUCCCAAGCAUGACAUAACUUCAACAUUUCUAUGUACAGUAGCAGCACACAUGUGACAACACAGCAGCUCGAUAGUAAUGAAUGAUAAGACUGAGAUCCACUAGAAAUUAAAGUUUAAUGAGACCACAGUUGGACAACUAUUUCCACCUCACUGUCAAUAUGUCACACAAUACAGUGUACAGUGGGGAGAACAAGUAUUUGAUACACUGCCGAUUUUGCAGGUUUUCCUACUUACAAAGCAUGUAGAGGUCUGUAAUUUCUAUCAUAGGUACACUUCAACUGUGAGAGACGGAAUCUAAAACAAAAAUCCAGAAAAUCACAUUGUAUGAUUUUUAAGUAAUUAAUUUGCAUUUUAUUGCAUGACAUAAGUAUUUGAUACAUCAGAAAAGCAGAACUUAAUAUUUGGUACAGAAACCUUUGUUUGCAUUUACAGAGAUCAUACGUUUCCUUGACCAGGUUUGCACACACUGCAGCAGGAAUUUUGGCCCACUCCUUCAUACACUGGGCAAUACGGACUUUCAGCUCCCUCCAAAGAUUUUCUAUUGGGUUCAGGUCUGGAGACUGGCUAGGCCACUCCAGGACCUUGAGAUGCUUCUUACGGAGCCACUCCUUAGUUGCCCUGGCUGUGUGUUUUGGGUCGUUGUCAUGCUGGAAGACCCAGCCACGACCCAUCUUCAAUGCUCUUACUGAGGGAAGGAGGUUGUUGGCCAAGAUCUCGCGAUACAUGGGCCCAUCCAUCCUCCCCUCAAUACGGUGCAGUCGUCCUGUCCCCUUUGCAGAAAAGCAUCCCCAAAGAAUGAUGUUUCCACCUCCAUGCUUCACGGUUGGGAUGGUGUUCUUGGGGUUGUACUCAUCCUUCUUCUUCCUCCAAACACGGCGAGUGGAGUUUAGACCAAAAAGCUCUAUUUUUGUCUCAUCAGACCACAUGCCCUUCUCCCAUUCCUCCUCUGGAUCAUCCAGAUGGUCAUUGGCAAAAUUCAGACGGGCCUGGACAUGCGCUGGCUUGAGCAGGGGGACCUUGCGUGCGCUGCAGGAUUUUAAUCCAUGACGGAGGAUUACUAAUGGUUUUCUUUGAGACUGUGGUCCCAGCUCUCUUCAGGUCAUUGACCAGGUCCUGCCGUGUAGUUCUGGGCUGAUCCCUCACCUUCCUCAUGAUCAUUGAUGCCCCACGAGGUGAGAUCUUGCAUGGAGCCCCAGACCGAGGGUGAUUAACCGUCAUCUUGAACUUCUUCCAUUUUCUAAUAAUUGCGCCAACAGUUGUUGCCUUCUCACCAAGCUGCUUGCCUAUUGUCCUGUAGCCCAUCCCAGCCUUGUGCAGGUCUAGAAUUGUAUCCCUGAUGUCCUUACACAGCUCUCUGGUCUUGGCCAUUGUGGAGAGGUUGGAGUCUGUUUGAUUGAGUGUGUGGACAGGUGUCUUUUAUACAGGUAACGAGUUCAAACAGGUGCAGUUAAUACAGGUAAUGAGUGGAGAACAGGAGGGCUUCUUAACGAAAAACUAACAGGUCUGUGAGAGCCGGAAUUCUUACUGGUUGGUAGGUGAUCAAAUACUUAUGUCAUGCAAUAAAAUGCAAAUUUAAUUACUUAAAAAUCAUACAAUGUGAUUUUCUGGAUUUUUGUUUUAGAUUCCGUCCCUCACAGUUGAAGUGUACCUAUGAUAGAAAUGACAGACCUCUACAUGCUUUGUAAGUAGGAAAACCUGCAAGAUCGGCAGUGUAUCAAAUACUUGUUCUCCCCACUGUAUCUGUGAUGACUGAUGGUGUUUAGUACAGCAGUGGUCAGACUCAGAGUAUUGUAUAUUUACAGAGGACGAAGGUGUUCUGUUGCCUUCUAUGGAUGGGCUCACAUUUCACUCUUCAAGUGGUGAUUUAGAGCCAGCCUUUCGUAAGGUUUUUCAUUUGACCAAUUUCAGUCAACUUGAUCGAUAAGGUCUCUCCAACGUUUCAAUUGGGGAAAAAAGCUAAAUGAAACCUAUAAAUGUUUUCUUUUCCCUGCUUUGAGGCUAAGUGAGACAACAAUGUAAUUGAAGCCUGCCGGUCACCUGUUAUAAGCUUACAUUUCAUGUGCUAUGACUGUAACAUUUCCACUUUUAAUCUCCCAGGUUGGAACAAUGGACGUCCUCCUGAGUGUGUCAGAUGGCCUCUCCAAACUGGAACCUCAAGCUGAGAGGUAAAAGACAUUUUCAGUGUCAUGUUGGUGUGUUUUGUGCCUGUGUGUUUCCUCACUAUGUUAUGGGCUAGUAGUAGUCAUUUACUCUACUAGCUGUAAGGCUUCUCUCAUGAUUAAUUUAUGCUUGGAGGAUGCUGACAUUUAUUUUUUGCUUUUCCAUUGGCUUGAAAAUGAGCUGGGCAGGCUGAAGUUGUUAGUUAGAAGUGCCUUAAUGGCUUAGUGCACUGAUUAGUAGGAUAUUGGGAAGGGUUUUGCUCUCAUGAGCCCCGGAAGUCUGAGUUUACUUUUAGGAAACUGUUGACCGUUGCUAUCAGCAGAGGAGGAGACACUGAAUCCUGUAUCCUCUAUUUACAAGUGCUAAGCACAUCCCCUACCUGUAAAGUUCUCUUGGGACAUUGGUACUUGUAUAAUUUUUUGUUUGUAGAGGUCUUUAUCUUCCUUGUGAUAUACAAAGACAACAAUUUGUCAAGUCAUAUGGCUCUGGUGAUGUUAAUUCCCUGUCAUGAUAAGUGGCUUGUCACCUCCUUGUUUUCCAGAGUAAUGCAGAGGACAGCUCAGUGCAUGGCGGAGGUGAUGGAGCAGUCCAGUGAGAAAGUGGCGGAGAACGCCCUGGCUAGCAGCGGUGAGUCCCAGUGACAGUUUCAAUACCCUUGGCCUGGGGGUCUGGUGGGACAUGAGUCAAACAGUACAGUAUAGUAAGCACCUGGAGCAAGAUGCUGAUCAAACAGAAAUUAGUUAAGAGUAUAUAUAGGCAUCGGACAGCCUCCAUAUACACACAGAAGGGCAAUGCACCAGUGCAGGCUGCUGAGGGGAAGACAGCUCAUAAUAAUGGCCGUAACGGAGCGAAUGGAAUGGCAUCUAACACCUGGAAAUCAUGUGUUUGAUGUAUUUGAUACCAUUCCACUGAUUCGCUCCAGCCGUUUCAACGAGCCCGUCCUCCCCAAUUAAGGUGCCACCAACCACCUGUGGUGUGCCCGUACAUGUGCAUACACACCACACAUACACAGACGCUCGGGCACACAUGUACCCACACACCACCCUGCUCCAACCUGCUAGUUCACUUAACAUCCACUUACAUUUAUUUUGUGUUUGCAAUAAGGUGCACACACCAAUGUUUAUUACAAGUGCCUGUUUUAUCUUUAGUUUUAUGUGUGAUGCAAGUGCCUUAAUGUGUUUGGACCCCAGGAAGAGUAGCUGCUGCCUUGGCAGCAGCUAAUGGGGAUUCCUAAUAAAUACAAAUACAAAUACAAAUUACAGUAGCAAACUGUGCUUCUACCUCACUAGGCUAUUGUCAAUAACAUUGUCUCUGGGGACAUAUAUUGAACAGAAUACCUCUAUAGAUUACAAUUAGUGGUUAUGUUUAGUGCCUUUUUGGUUUUAUGUUGGUACUACUAUUACCAUGACCAUUACCUAAAGGUUUUUGUCUGACCUAAGACAGUUAAGAGCUUUUCACUUCUCCACCUCAGAGACUAUUAGGGUAGCUCACUGUUCUCCCCUCAUCUCCCCACAUCUCCCCUCAUCAGACCACAAGACUCAUCACAAAGUCUCCCAGUCACCUUCAAAAGUCUAUUUCAAAGCCUUGCUGGGCAUUUUGGCUUGCUGUUAUCGUCUGUGUUUAAAGGAUUGCACGAUUGUAAUAGUGAUGCAGAAUUGUGGUAGUGGUUGGUUUGAUUGGUGUGCUUUGGAUAUUUUCUGCAUGUCUCUGGUUGCUGAGUUGGAUUUGUGUGGAACCCUUUUGUUUUGUGUCACUGGGAAAUGGGUCCUCCUGUGACAUGUUGUCUGUGCAUCUCAACAGUGGACCUGGUCAGUUAUGUGACAAAGUUCCAGUGGGAUAGAGCCAAAUACUCCACAACAUUGCCUCGUAAGAGCCUGGCGGGCAUCAUAGCCAAGGUAUCCCUCUACUCAGCCUAUUCUUGUCUUAUAUAUACACGACUGAAGAUACAUGAUGUAUUAUGUAAUUCUUACAAUCAAAUUUGUGUGUGUGUGUGUGUGCGUAUAUUUGGAUGUGUGUGUGUGUGUGUGUGUGUGUGUGUGUGUGUGUGUGUGUGUGUGUGUGUGUGUGUGUGUGUGUGUGUGCGCGCGUGUGUGUGGACUCGUAUGUGCAUCAGCAAGUCUCCCAGGUAGAGACAGAACUGAAAUCUUGAGGUGCGGCAUACAACAACAUAAAAUCCAAUUUGAAGGGCUUUGAAAGAAAAGUGAGUAAAGUGAGUAAAGUGUUCUCUGAAAUUACUAUAGGAACAAAGGUGUACAGCCUCGAGUCUUCUUGGGUAUGACGCUACAAGCUUGACACACCUGUAUUUGGGGAGUUUCUCCCAUUCUUCUCUGCAGAUCCUCUCAAGCUCUGUCAGGUUGGAUGGGGAGCGUCGCUGCACAGCUAUUUUCAGGUCUCUCCAGAGAUGUUAGAUCAGGUUCAAGUUCGGGUUCUGGCUGGGCCACUCAAGGACCUUCAGAGACUUGCCCCAAAGCCACUCCUGUGUUGUCUUGGCUGUGUGCUUAGGGUCGUUGUCCUGUUGGAAGGUGAACCUUCACCCCAGUCUGAGGUCCUGAGCGCUCUGGAGCAGGUUUUCAUCAAGGAUCUCUCUGUACUUUGCUCUGUUAAUCUUUCACUCCAUCCUGACUAGUCUCCCAGUCCCUGCCGCUGAAAAACAUCCCCACAGCAUGAUGCUGCCACCACCUUGCUUCACCGUAGGGAUGGUGCCAGGUUUCCACCAGACAUGACAAUUGGCAUUCAGGCCAAAGAGUUCAAUCUUAGUUUCAUCAUACCAGAGAAUCUUGUUUCUCACAGUCUGAGAGUCCUUUAGGUGCCUUUUGGCAAACUCCAAGCGGGCUGUCAUGUACCUUUUACUGAGGAGUGGCUUCCGUCUGGCCACUCUAUCAUAAAGGCCUGAUUGGUGGAGUGCUGCAGAGAUGAUUGUCCUUCUGGAAGGUUCUCCCAUCUCCACAGAGGAACUCUGGAGCUCUGUCAGAGUGACCAUCGGGUUCUUGGUCACCUCCCUGACCAAGGCCCUUCUCCCCCGAUUGCUCAGUUUGGCCGGGCGGCCAGCUCUAGGUAGAGUCUUGGUGGUUCCAAACUUCUUCCAUUUAAGAAUGAUGGAGGCCACUGUGUUCUUGGGGACCUUCAAUGCUGCAGAAAUGUUUUAGUACCCUUCCCAAGAUCUGUGCCUCAACACAAUCCUGUCUCGGAGCUCUACGGACAAUUCCUUCGACCUCAUGGCUUGGUUUUAGCUCUGACAUGCACUGUCAACUGUGGGACCUUAUAUAGACAGGUGUGUGCCUUUCCAAAUUAUGUCCAAUCAAUUGAAGUUACCACAGGUGGACUCCAAUCAAGUUGUAGAAACAUCUCAAGGAUGAUCAAUGGAAACAGGAUGCACCUGAGCUCAAUUUCGAGUCUCAUAGCAAAGGGUCUGAAAACGUAUGUAAAUAAGGUAUUUCAGUUUAAUUUUUUUUAAAUUAGCAAAAAUUUAUAAAAACCUGUUUUCGCUUUGUCAUUAUGGGGUAUUGUGUGUAGAUUGAUGAGGACAUUUAUUUAUUUAAUCAAUUUUAGAAUAAGGCUGUAACGUAACAAAAUGUGGAAAAAGGGAAGGCGUUUGAAUACUUUCCGAAUGCACUGUAUGUGGGGUAUGCGUUUGUGUGUAUACGUAUGUCUUAUCCGAAGGGAACGUUUGUGCGUUGACUCAAGGUGAACUUCAGUGAAGUGUUUGUGGCCUGGAUCCACCUGAAAGUCCUGGGAUUGUUUGUGGAAUCUGUUCUCAGGUCAGUCAAAUACGUUUCUUGUCAAAUUCUAUAUUUUUAAGUUCGAUGUCAUAUGAUAACCAAUUACAUCUUAAAUAACAAUACAGUAACUAGUUGGUCUGUACCUGGUCAGGUAUGGGCUGCUGGUGAGCUUUCAGGCAUUGCUGCUGCAGCCGGACAAGAAGCGUACAAAGAAUCUGAGGGAGCAGCUGAGUUCUCUAUUUGGACACCUGGACCCUACAGCUCCAGCUACGCCCUCCAGCAAACUUGACAUGAGA